AUGGUUGUCGUAGUGGAGCUGGAUGUGCUAGUUGUUGCGGUCAGGGAGGUCGAGGUGCCGGUUGUGGUUGUGCUGGCUGAAGUGAUGGUUGUUGAGAUGGUGGAGGUGCCAGUUGUGGUUGUGCUAGGCACGGUGGUGGUUGUUGAGGUCGUCGCCGUGCCAGUGGUUGUUGUGCUGGAUGUGCUGGUGGCGGUCGUCGACGUCGUUGCGGUGCCGGUAGUUGUGGUGCUGGAUGUGCUGAUGACCGUUGUUGAUGUCGACAAUGUGGACGUCGUCCGCGUGGUGGAUGUCUCCGUUGUGGUGCUGCUUGUGGAGAUGAUAGUCACUCUGAAGACGGAGACGGAGCUGGAGCUGGUGCUUGUUGUUGUUGUCGUCGUCGUCGACGUACCCGUGGUAGUGGUGCUCGCUUGGGUGAGGGUAGUCGACGUGGUUGACGUGCCAGUGGUAGUGGUGCUAGUUGUGCUUGUCGUCGUCGUCGAAGUUGUCGCCGUGUUUGUCGUCGUGGAAGUCUGCGUGCUGGUGGUGGUUGUGGACGUCGUGGCGGUGCCAGUGGUAGUUGUGCUGCUUGUACUGGUGGCAGUCGUGGACGUUGUGGUGGAGAAGGUGGACGUGGUGCUUGUUGUGCUUCUUGCCGUGGUGGACGUCGUGGUGGAAAAGGUGGACGUGGUGCUGGUUGUUGAGACGCUGGUGGAAGUGCUACCGCUGAUGGUGACUCUGAUGACGGUAGCGGAGGACGUGGUGGUUUCUGUGGUGGUCGUCGAGCUGGUUGACGUGUUCGUAGUGGUUGUGCUCGUAGUUGCCGUGCCAGUGGUGGUGGUACUGCUGGUGGAUGUCCCCGUUGUUGUGGUGCUGGCCGAGGUGAGCGUGGUUGAAAUCGUCGUUGUGCCCGUGGUUGUUGUGCUGGCCUGGGUGGUGGUGGUCGAGGGGGUUGAUGUGCCAGUGGUCGUCGUACUGCUUGUGCUCGUUGCCGUGGUUGUUGUGGAGACGGUCGAUGUGGUGCUCGUCGUGGAGAGGGUUGUUGACGUGCUGCUAGUUGUUGCGAUGGUAACCCUGAUGACCGUUGCCGAGGAGGUGGUGGUUGACGUGGUUGUCUGGUGGAUGUGGAAGUGGUUUGGCUGA